AUGGCGAACAAAGCUGUCUGGCUCCAAGGGCCUGGCAAAGAGCCACAGGUUAUAUCGGCACCUCUGCCGAAGCCUGGAUCUGGUGAACUACUUCUGAAAGUCAAAGGCAUAGCCGUUCAACCCGGCGAGUGGAAAAUCCAGGCAGGGCUCAUCCCAGUUCCUCUGUCGUAUCCAACCAUCAUCGGACUCUCGUGUUCAGGCGUUGUGGAAAAGGUCGGUCCCGGGGUUACUAGAUUUGCUCCUGGAGACCGCGUCGCAACCAACACCACCGGCGUAUUGAGAAAUGACUCUCGUUUUGGUGCCUACCAACGAUUCGCUCUUACACCGCAAGCCCUGACAUCUAAGAUUGGCGAAACUCCCUUCGACGUAGCGGCUUCUUUAUCCACGACAUAUUCGUCAAUGAGCGCGCUCUUCAUCCAUCUUAACUUGGAAAGACCGCUCAGUAUAGGUCGAGCUGUGCCUAAGGGGGAAAAGGUUCUAAUCUGGGGCAUUUCCUCCUCAUUUGGUGCCAUUGCAGCUCAACUCGCCCAACAGGCUGGCUACGAGAUCAUUGGCGUGGCCGCCGGGCGUCACUCCGAAUUAGCCAAGUCAUUGGGCUUAGAUCGCUUCAUCGACCGCAACUCGUCAACCGUUGUGCAGGAUCUAACCUCUCUUGGGCCCUACAAGGGAGUUUUCGCAGCACAAGAUUCAGCUGAAGAUCAAAUCAAGAUGGGUCAAGUCCUUGCUGCUCAUGGCGGAGGUCGCAUUCUAUCUGCCGCAGGUAUCCAGCCUGGCGUGGAGUUACCAGCCGGUGUCUCGGGAUUCUUCCACCAGUAUUUAGACGACUUCCUAGACCCUAAGAACAAAGAAUUCGUUGAAUGGGUCUGGUGGGACUAUCUUGAAGCCGCUUUCGCCGAUGGGCGACUCAGAUCGGUUCCGCUGGAGGUCAAAGAGGGUCUGUCAUACACCUCCGAAGCCUGGGACCUUCUCCGCCACCACAAAGUCGGGGGCAAGAGGAUUAUCAUUGUACCAGAGUCGGAAUGA